AUGUAUAACGUUGAUAUUUUUAGUAAAAUAGAAGACGAAAUAGGACAGUUUUCACAACAGGGACGAAUAUUGUGGAUUGGUGACCUAAAUAGCAGAGUAGGUCAAAAGUCAGACUAUAUUGAGAAUGAACGUAUAACGGGAUUAGACUUUAAUGACUUCUUAAACGACUUACCGUCUAGCCGUACGUCAAUGGAUCACUCAAGUAACAGAUUCGGAGAUUAUUUAUUGGAUAUAUGCAAAUCUACAAAUAUUUGUAUUAUGAAUGGUCGUUCGGGUUGUAAUGGGGAUAACGGUAAUUUUACCUGUUUCACACACAAUGGAGAAAGUUUAAUAGACUACGUACUUACAUCCUACGGCAAUUUCAAGCUAAUACGUAAUUUUAACGUCCACAACUAUACAGAAUAUUCCAAUCAUUCACCUAUAUCAUUUGAAAUUAUUACCGGCAUGUGCAAAUGUAACAAUAACUCACAGAAGAGAGAGUUUUAUAAAUGGAACGAAAAUGAUAAAUUGGCUUUUUUAAACGAUUUAUCAUUAAAUAUAGACGGUAUUACAGAAAGCCUACAAAAUAAUUAUGACGUUGAGGAUGCAGUUUCAUGUUUCUCUGAGUAUAUCGCUUUAACAGCAGAAAAGUACUUCAAAAAGACCAUUAAAAAUGUACGUCCCACAUUUGUUGAUAAUGAAAUUUCGGACCGUAAACAGUGGUUUAAUCUUGAAUGUGAAAAUAAACGCCUCGCAUACAUUCAGGCUCUAGAACAAUAUACGUGUGAUCGUAGUGCUGAGAGAUCUGAUUUGAUGAAACGAUGCAAAAAAGACUAUAAAUACUGUGUUCGGAAAACAAGAAAACAGUUCAAUAUAAAUAAAGGAAAAGAAAUGCAUGAGCUAAGGCGAAAAAAUCCAAGGGAUUUCUGGAAAAAAUUUAAACGAACCCGACAAGCAACUGAUGAACGCAUUUCUCUAGAUGACUUUUUGUCUCACUUUAAGUCGCUUGCUCAGACCCAGGAUAAUGAAUUUAAUGACGACGUUGAUAUGUUUUUAGAUAAUUUUGACACUGAAACCGAUCGAGAACCCAUGUACGAAGAGUUAGAUGUUCCAAUAACGGAAACGGAAAUUAGAAAGGCUGUAAAAAACUUAAAUAGAAACAAAGCCACAGGCAUCGAUAACCUAUUAAAUGAGUAUUUUAUAGAAGGUGUUGAUGUGCUCAUUAAACCACUAAUCGUACUUUUUAACAGGAUACUAAACACUGGAAAAUUCCCACGUCAGUGGUCGAAGGGAGUAAUAGUUCCGGUUCUUAAAAAGCAGCCAUCGAGUGACUGGAGUUUAAGUGUCAAUAUAGAUAAAACGAAAAUAAUGGUGUUCCGUAAAGGCGGUCGUUUAGCCAGAAAUGAGGAAUGGACAUAUAACGGUCAGAAAAUAGAUAUAGUAGAUAGUUUUAAUUACCUAGGAUUUGUACUCAGCACAGGUGGUUCAUUUCGCAAGGGACUAGAGACUUUAGCUGCUAAAUCACUUAAAGCAAUGAAAUCUGACUAA